CUUCCGGAAGCUGUCAUCUGUGAACACCGCAUCAACUGCAAUGAGUUUUGAGUGGCCCUGGCAAUAUAGUUUCCCACCGUUUUUUACGCUUCAGCCCAAUGUUGACACCAGACAGAAGCAGCUGGCGGCCUGGUGUUCGCUGGCUCUGUCUUACUGCCGGCACCACAAGGUCUACACCCUGGACCUCAUGGAGGCUCAGGAGAGCCCCGUGUUCAACAACAAGAAGAUAGAACGAAAACUGUCAAUGGAAGCCAUUCAGGUUGUGUUUGAGGAAUUGAGGAAAAAAGGAAACCUGGAAUGGUUGGACAAAAACAAGUCUCGGUGUUUAGUGAUGUGGAGACGACCGGAGGAAUGGGGAAAGCUAAUACACCAGUGGGUUUCCAAAAUCGGGAUGGUCAACUCUGUGUUUACGCUCUAUGAGUUGUCUAAUGGUGAUGACACAGAAGGUGAAGAGUUCCACGGUUUAGAGGACUGGAUGCUGCUGCGCUCGCUGCAGGCGUUACAGACCGACGGCAAAGCAGAGAUCAUCACCAUGGAUGACGGAAAGGGGGUCAAGUUCUUCUGAAGCGAUGCUGGACUCACACACACACACACACACACUCCGUCUGGGAGGCCUCGUACUGAACCUCGCGGGGCACAUUUUUCCCAAGGUGCACCUCAAUGCUCAGCCCAGAGGACACUUUGUCCUGCAGUCGUUGUUGCCUUUUAGUUUGUCUCAUUGGAAGAGAAGCAAUAUCAUUUCUUAAGUGUUUUUGGGGGGAAAAAGAGCAUUUGAGGUAACGCCACGUUUAAAGUUGUCGCAGGUAACACUUGUUGCCAUUUAAACAUGCAAUGGGCCUUUUCAGGGGACUAAAUACUAUCUGAAUACUCCGGGGGAAAUCUCUCCCCACCAGCUGUUUCUUUAUUGUAAAUACGACUAGUUUUAUUUCGAUUUGUUGUUUAUUUUCUUCCCCUCCCCCCCGUUAACAAAUCUCCUGGGUAUAAUUAGCUGUGACGCUUUUGCUCAGCUGUUUCUCCUGACUCAACGAGACAUCCCAAAGCAAUCCCAGAAUGCAACACCAGGGGGACUUUCUCUUUUGAGAAGAGGAACACCACAGAGACUCGGAACCACCAAUCCUGGCCCGACUCAGCUGAGUGUAAUCAUAGUGGACUUCAUGUACAGACUGCUGUCAUCCUGUUAUUGUGCUGUAGCUACUGUUAUAUCCUCUCUUUCUGUCUAUUUUCAACUUUCUUUUUUUUUCAUAUCCUGUUGGUAAAUAAAUUAGAAAUUUGCUA